GCAGUCAUGCUUGUGUGCAGCAGGGGUGUGUGUAUUUUCUCCCUCUCUCUGUUGUUCUGUCUCUUUCUGCAGUACUUGCACGUUUGCCACCGACUCCUAGGAACCUCUGCAGGAGACGAGCUGCAAAUCAGGUACUGGUACGAUAAUGGCCUCCAAACUGAGCGUGCUGCUGCUGUCUUUGGCCGUGGCCUCAGUGACAGUGCUGGCCCAAAGGCGGCGUCCGGUGAAGACCAACACCGAGGAGUGGAACUACAGAGAUGGCUCUGAGAAAGUGAACAUGCGUGGUGUGUCUAACCUGACUGAGGUUCUGGACAACUGGAAGUUCGACAUCAUGAACCAGAUGAAAGGACUCCUGCAGAACGACCACCAGUCUUUGCUCCCCGAUUACGCCCGGAUCCAACCGCUGUCUGAGGCUCUGGACGACCUCUACAAAGAGUUCAAUGCCCUCAAAUCUCACCUGGGCGACCUCACCGAGAAGUUCACCGCCAUAGAAACUUUCGUUGAUGAGAUGAAGGCCAGUCGCGCCACAAACACCAACUCUGGCCCGGCCCCCGGUCCAGCUCCGGCUGCAGUCCCAAGACAGACCACUAGGAGGGUGAUGAAGAAGAAGCCCACUUCCUCCUCCACCUCCUCCUCCUCCUCCUAACCAGCCGAUGAUGAGCUUCCUCUGCUCUCAUGUUGGCUUCUCCUCACACUGCGUUCUGUCUCUGCCUUUUCUGAAGUAAAAUAUCAUUAAUCGUUUCAUUAUCAUAAUGUUCUGUGAUCUUAACACAUCAGGUCCACAUUAAGAAUCUGGUUAUUACCACAAGACAAAGGAAUUACUGAAUUGUUAUGAAAAGCACAAAUUAGCCAAGAAAUAGUUUAUGCCGAUUAGGUCAAAUUAAACAGCAUUAAAAACAGUUUUUUUAAUGAAUCCAGUAAUUUGUCACAGGUUGAAAUCCAAACAUGAUCUUGGUCUUUCACCUAAUCACUCCUCCCUGUAUAGAUCAGUUUUCCUCACAGUGAACAGGAAAUUACAGAUUCUUAAGCUUUUUUCAAAGAUGAACUCCAGAAAAUGAAAAUAUUGACACAUCAAGAGAUUGUCCGGGUCCGCCACGUUCACAACAACAGUUCAGUUCUUCUUUCUUGUCUGUCAGAUGUUUAAAGCAUAGCAGUAAAAAGUUCUGGAAAAUGUCCAGAGUAACCGACUCAGCCAUUUGUGUUCUCACAUUCAGCCCAACUUGUACAAUAUGUCCAGAUUUCAGUUCAGGUCUGAAAUCAGCUUCAUUUAGUGACAUCACUCACAGGUGAGAUUUUCCAUGACUGAAAUUGGCCAUUCCGCAGACUUUCAUAGUGGAUAAACUGAAGGCUAUAUUGAAACCUAAAUAGAACAGGACCUGUAACUUGUAAAGUAGGGAGGGGGUUUCUCCUCACAGACUGGCCACUGUUUGCUCAUUAUGUCUCUCAUAAAUGUAACCUAAGAUGUGACACCUGGGAACUUUGUAUCUCACCACCAAAGACUUCCCCUGGAACUGAUUAAAAACAACAUACUCUCUUUUCAACCUGUAGAAUGAUAUGUUUGUCAGGUUGGCUGCUGUUUUCUCUGCAAUUGUAUGUAUUGGUUUGCGUUUAAGGUUUACUGCUUCACUAUAUAAGCUUCAAAUAAAUUCACUUUUUGCAUUCAUUCAUCA